AGUGAUUUAGCUGUGUGAUCCAGUGUCUCACAAAGUAUCUCUGCUGGACUUCCUCAUUUGGACCAGACCAUGCUCUGCUGAUGUGUGAGUACUCAGGCAAGGGAGGAUAUGCUCCUUAGUGCAAAAGAACUGUGCCUUCUCGUGCAAACCACCCUAAUGGGGGCAGGGACGAGGUAGGGUACUAAUCCUGUCUCUCCUACCUACCGUGGUUCAGGCUGUUAUAGUGCAUUCACUCCCAAUAAGGAGGAAUUUCUCCUGGAGCAUCUCUUGGAGCAGUGCUAUUCUGCUCCAUCCCUAACACAGUGGGGAAGCAAUCCUGAGAAUUAACAGGCUAAUAAAGUCCUCAGUAAAUAGCAAGGAUUUUCUAUAGGGUGGGAUAUUAGGGGAUUUUUCAGAGCUGUUUACAUGAAUGACAGUAACCCAGUAGUUCAUUCAAGACUUUGUUAAACAUUCUCCUUUGGGAAGGCGGAGUUAAGAGCACACAUGCAUUUACCUCAUGGGGCUAGGCAAGGUCCAAAGGGAGUGGUAAAACCUGGCAAACAUCAGCUAUUGAAAGCUUUUUCAUCAUUACAUUUUAAUCAGGAGGAGUAAAGUCCAGCCCCAUCAUAUGUCCCUAACCACAGUAGAUCUGUCAAUUGCCUUAUAGCCUUCCAGAAAAGGAGAAGGAAAGGGUAACUAAGAACAAUUCUCAUGAUUAAAGUGGGGUCUGAAAAUGAAAAAAUGUCUGAUGCGAAUGGAAGAGCUGGUGAUGCUGCUGUACCAGACCAGGAUUGUGAAUCCAAAGACAAAUGUGAGGACGAGAAGAAGCCAAAGAAACCUAAUGUGGUCAGCCCAUUAACAAUGUUUCGGUACUCUGAUUGGUUGGAUAAAUUACUAAUGGUUCUUGGUUCUGCCAUGGCAAUCCUUCAUGGUGCAGCUCUCCCAAUCAUGAUGAUAAUCUUUGGAGAUAUGACAGAUAGCUUUGUUAAUCCAGGAAACAUAUCUAAUCCAGGGAAUAUUUCUUUUAAUCCUUAUCAGAAACUUGAGGAACAAAUGACCAGCUAUGCAUACUAUUAUUCUGGAAUAGGAGCUGGCGUUCUAUUUGCAGCCUACAUGCAAGUUGCAUUUUGGACACUGGCAGCUGGCCGGCAAAUUAAGAAAAUCAGACAACAAUUUUUCCACUCAAUAAUGCGACAGGAAAUUGGGUGGUUUGAUGUGAAUGAUGUUGGGGAACUCAACACUCGACUUAUAGAUGAUGUGUCCAAAAUUAAUGAAGGAAUUGGUGACAAAAUUGGAAUGCUCUUUCAGGCAAUAGCUACAUUUCUCACAGGAUUUAUAGUUGGUUUCACAAAAGGAUGGAAAUUAACCCUUGUAAUACUGGCAGUCAGUCCUGUCCUGGGACUCUCAGCUGCUCUCUGGGCAAAGAUACUCUCUGCAUUCACUGACAAAGAACUAACUGCAUAUGCAAAAGCAGGAGCUGUUGCAGAGGAAGUUCUGGCAGCAAUUCGGACUGUUAUUGCUUUUGGAGGACAGAAAAAAGAAAUCAAAAGGUAUCAUAAAAAUUUAGAAGACGCCAAAAAUAUUGGAAUCAAGAAGGCUAUUACAGCCAACAUUUCUAUGGGUAUUGCUUUCUUACUGAUAUAUGCAUCAUAUGCAUUGGCAUUUUGGUAUGGAGCCACUUUGGUGCUAUCUGAUGAUUAUACUAUUGGAAAAGUCCUUACGGUCUUUUUUGCUAUAUUAAUUGGAGCAUUUAGUGUUGGACAGACUGCACCAGGUAUGGAGGCAUUUGCUAAUGCAAGGGGAGCCGCCUAUGCAAUCUUUAAUAUCAUAGACAAUGAACCUCAAAUUGACAGUUUUUCAGAGACUGGCUACAAACCGGACCACAUUAGAGGGAAUUUGGAAUUCCGCAAUGUUUACUUCAAUUAUCCAUCUAGGCAAGAUGUAAAGGUAUUGAAAGGCUUGAAUCUGAAGGUUAAUUGUGGCCAGACAGUAGCCUUGGUUGGUAGCAGUGGCUGUGGGAAAAGUACAACUGUUCAACUGAUCCAGAGAUUUUAUGAUCCAGAGAAGGGCAUGAUUACUGUUGAUGGGCAGGAUAUUAAGACCCUAAAUUUAAGAUAUCUGAGGGAGAUUAUUGGUGUGGUGAAUCAGGAGCCUGUGCUAUUCGCUACUACUAUUGCAGAAAACAUCCGCUAUGGCCGUGAAGAUGUCACUAUGGAAGAGAUUGAAAAAGCUGUCAAGGAAGCCAAUGCCUAUGACUUUAUCAUGAAACUGCCUGAUAAGUUUGAAACCAUGGUUGGAGAAAGAGGGGCACAACUGAGUGGAGGUCAGAAACAGAGAAUAGCUAUUGCACGAGCCCUGGUUCGCAAUCCCAAGAUUCUUCUGCUCGAUGAGGCAACUUCAGCUUUGGACACUGAAAGUGAAUCAGUUGUGCAAAGAGCACUGGAUAAGGCUAGAGAAGGCCGCACCACCAUUGUAAUAGCUCAUCGUUUGUCUACAGUCCGAAAUGCAGAUCUUAUAGCUGCAUUUGAAGAUGGAGUCAUCACAGAACAAGGGACCCAUCAUGAACUGAUGAAAACAAACGGAAUUUACUGCAAACUUGUUAACAUGCAGACAAUAGGAACUGAAGUUCAGUCAGAAGAAGAAGCUGAAAACACCACCAAAGUGGCACUGAAAGAAUCAAUAGGAAAUGGCUUGAGAAGGAGAUCGACUCGAAAAAGCAUCAAAAAGUCAGAAAUACAGGAUGAUAGCCUUGAUGUGAAAACUGUUCAACCUGAUGAAAAUGUGCCUCCAGUUUCAUUUCUGAAAGUUAUGAAGAUGAACAAAACAGAAUGGCCUUACUUUGUAGUUGGAACUUUUUCUGCAAUUAUCAAUGGAGCUUUACAACCUGCAUUUGCAAUAAUAUUUUCAGAAAUUAUAGGGGUUUUUGCAGAUCCAGACAAGACAGUUGUAAGAAACAAGUCCAACUUGUAUUCACUGCUAUUUUUAGCACUUGGGAUCAUUUCUUUGGUUACUUUUUUCCUUCAGGGUUUCACGUUUGGCAAAGCUGGAGAGAUCCUUACAAUGAGGCUUCGAUUCAUGGCAUUUAAAGCAAUGCUUAGACAGGACAUCAGCUGGUUUGAUGACCCUAAAAACAGCACUGGAGCAUUAACUACAAGACUUGCUAAUGAUGCCUCACAAGUGAAAGGAGCUACAGGUGCCAGACUGGCUUUAAUUACCCAAAACAUAGCUAACCUUGGAACUGGAAUUAUUAUAUCAUUGGUCUAUGGCUGGCAGCUGACUCUUUUGAUUUUAGCUGUUGUGCCAGUCAUUGCCAUAGCAGGAAUAGUUGAAAUGAAAAUGUUAUCUGGACAUGCAAAAAAGGAUAAAGAAGAACUGGAAGUUGCAGGAAAGAUUGCUACUGAAGCCAUAGAAAAUAUUCGAACUGUUGUUACUUUGACCCAGGAAAGAAAAUUUGAAUUUCUGUAUGGACAAAAUUUGCAAGGACCAUAUAGAAAUUCUGUGAAGAAGGCACAUAUCUUUGGAUUUACUUUUGGCCUUACACAAGCAAUUAUGUAUUUUACCCAUGCUGGAUGUUUUCGGUUUGGUGCCUAUCUAGUAGUAAAUGGAUACAUGGACUUUAAAAGUGUGUUUCUGGUAUUUUCAGCUAUUGUAUUUGGUGCAAUGGCACUAGGACAGGCCAGUUCAUUUACUCCAGACUAUGCCAAAGCCAAGAUGUCAGCAGCACACCUGUUCAUGCUGUUUGAAAGAGACCCCUUAAUAGACAGUUACAGUGAUGAAGGACUGAAGCCUGAUAUAUUUGGUGGCAACAUAGCAUUCAAAGAAGUGAUGUUUAACUAUCCAACUCGACCAGAUGUCCAAGUGCUUCAAGGUUUGAAUAUUAAUGUAGAAAAAGGACAGACACUGGCGCUUGUAGGCAGCAGUGGCUGUGGAAAGAGCACUGUUGUUCAAUUGCUUGAGAGAUUCUAUGAUCCUCUUAAUGGAGAACUGCUGCUGGAUGGCCAAAAUGCAAAGGCAUUAAAUAUCCAAUGGCUUAGAGCUCAGAUUGGUAUUGUCUCACAAGAGCCGAUCCUGUUUGACUGCAGUAUUGCUGAGAAUAUUGCAUAUGGAGAUAACAGUAGAGAGGUGUCAUCUGAAGAGAUUGUAAAUGCAGCAAGAGCAGCCAACAUACAUUCCUUCAUUGACUCUCUGCCAAAUAAAUAUAAUACCCGUGUGGGAGACAAAGGAACUCAGCUCUCGGGUGGUCAGAAGCAGCGUAUUGCUAUUGCUCGAGCUCUUGUACGUCAUCCUCAAGUUCUGCUACUGGACGAAGCCACAUCUGCUCUAGAUACAGAAAGUGAAAAGGUUGUCCAAGAAGCACUGGAUAAAGCAAGACAAGGUCGCACCUGUAUUGUAAUAGCUCAUCGCCUGUCCACUGUGCAGAAUGCUGACAAGAUAGUGGUAAUCCAGAAUGGAAGGGUCGUAGAACAAGGAACACAUCAGCAACUCUUGGCUGAAAAAGGCAUCUACUAUUCUCUAGUUAAUGUUCAAGCUGGACCAUGAAACGUGAAUUAAAAGCAGUGCCAAAUUUC